GGCGCAGUCGCGGGUUCGUGGGCGGCGGGACGCACCGGGCUGGGGGCUGGGGUGGGACCCGGCGGGCGCCAUGGAGCUGCUGUCCGCGCUGAGCCUGGGCGAGCUGGCGCUCAGCUUCUCUCGGGUGCCGCUCUUCCCCGUCUUCGACCUCAGCUACUUCAUCGUCUCCAUCCUCUACCUCAAGUAUGAGCCAGGAGCAGUGGAGCUGGCCCGGCGCCACCCCAUGGCAUCCUGGCUGUGUGCCAUGCUGCACUGCUUCGGGAGUUACAUCCUGGCUGAUCUGCUCCUCGGGGAGCCCCUGAUCGACUACUUCAGCAACAACUCCAGCGUCCUGCUGGCCUCCGCUGUCUGGUACCUGAUUUUCUUCUGUCCCCUGGACCUCUUUUACAAGUGUGUCUGCUUCCUGCCUGUGAAACUCAUCUUUGUGGCCAUGAAGGAGGUGGUGAGAGUCCGAAAGAUCGCCGUGGGCAUCCACCACGCGCAUCACCACUACCACCACGGGUGGUUCGUCAUGAUUGCCACUGGCUGGGUCAAAGGCUCUGGUGUUGCCCUCAUGUCCAACUUUGAGCAGCUGCUCCGAGGGGUCUGGAAGCCAGAGGCCAACGAGAUCAUGCACAUGUCCUUCCCCACCAAGGCCAGCCUGUACGGAGCUAUCCUCUUCACCCUCCAGCAGACGCGCUGGCUCCCGGUGUCCAAAGCCAGUCUCAUCUUCAUCUUCACCAUGUUCAUGGUGUCCUGUAAGGUGUUCCUGACAGCCACUCACUCCCACAGCUCCCCUUUCGAUGUUCUGGAGAGCUAUGUCUGUCCCGUGCUGUUUGGGACGGCCUUGGUGGGUGACCAUCACCACGACAACCACGGUGGGGCCCAUGGAGGGUCCCACGGUGGCAGUGGGCCCGGCUCCCCGCACUCCGCCAUGGCCACCAAGUCCAAGGAGGAGCUGAGUGAGGGCUCCAGGAAGAAGAAAACCAAGAAGGCAGAUUAGGGAGUGGCCCACGGGGCUUGUGGGGUGCUGGGGGGAAGACCCAGAACCUUCAGAGUCAGGGGUGGGGGAGGUGUCUUGGGCUCAAUUGUCCCCUCUCCAGGCCUCACCUUCCCUGUCUGCAAACUGGGGCCUUUAGCCCACCCUCUGGGGUUGAUGUGAGGGGUUAGAUGAGAUAUGGGGUAAAGGGCGUUUGUAGGAAUGGGGGUUCUCUCUGUGGAACCCCUGUUGAGCCAGAUUUGGGGGGAGGGGGCACAGAAUCAUGGCAGUGGCUCCAGCCAGAAACACGGGCAGUUAUGUUCUUGGCUCUAUUAUUUCCUUUUGAAAUUACAUUUUGACUGUAUUUCAAGCAUUAUUGAGACAUUUAUUUGACGGAUGAUUCCUGAGUACCUCCUGCGAUACAGCUGCUGUGAUUUCCAAUCUUGCUGACUCCAGGGCAUCCCUGGGCAAGGGGCCUCCUUCUCUGAGCCUUGCGCUCCCCAUCUGUGCAAUGGGGUCCCCUGGCCCUCCUCUGCACAAGAGCUGAUGUGAGGCUGGACGUGAACCAGCCUCGUGUGCUCAGAAGCACGGUGCGGUCAGCAGGAGAGCCAUGGCGGGUGUUCCCUGUGCUUGAGAACUGCUUUGUGCUUUAGAUCGUUUGUGUCUGUGGGUUGGAGACCCCCACAAGUUACCUGGCAGGAAGGAGGCCUUCAGUAGACACAUCUAGGCCAGGCUUGAGAACUUGGGAGGGUGGGAAAGGCUUGUUCUGAUCCUUGGCUUCGGGCUACCCCUAAACCAAAGAAAGACAGCUGGCUGAGCGGGGGCUCCAGGGUCCAGCUAUGUCCAGGGGGCUCCAAGCACUUGCUGUUGGGCCCUGGAAGCAUCAGGCCUUCCUCACGCCGGCUCAUUGCUGCUCAUUUAGUCACUCAACAAACAUGUUUCCGCCUACUCUGGGGCAGGCUGGGAACUUGCUUCUGGGUGAAUAAGGAGGAUGGUAGCUGAAGGCCCCUCCCAGCUGCCUUCAUCUAAUCCUAGGUCACCAGGAUGCCUGAGAGAGGUGGGUAGAUUGAGUAUGGCCAGUCGCUGGUGGGAGUUUGGGCCCAGACCAGGCCAGCAGAGGCUGCCCUCUGCACAUGGGUGCUCAGAAUGUGCUCAGGGCAUCAGCCUGCAGCUGCUUCGAGAUUGUCUUGGAGUUAUUGGGGUCCCAGGUGUUGCCCAGCUGCUGGGAAAGUGCCUUGAUCGGGUGAUACCUGGGAGCUGGGUGGGUCCUAAGACUGUAAGGCCCUGAAUUCAUCCUCUUGCAUGUCCAUCAAGGCUCGGCACGAAGGUUCAGCAAAUAAAUCUGUUGUGAGAGAA